ACUAUUUUAAAAGAACAUCCUUGGAAUAUAAAAGCAACACUAUCUCCACUUUUAAUAACCAAAUCAAAGACCAUUCAAGAUAAAAAAAAUGUCGUCGCAUGCAGUUUCAUCUGGGUUGUGGACCAAGCUUGCCGAUAUUGAUAAACAUCGAACCUCGGUGGCCAUUCAUGCGAGAGCAAUCCGUGUGUACGAAAUAAGUUCAUUUGGUAGAAUUAAUGAAUCAAUGGAGGUUAUUUUCCAUGAUGAUCAAGCAGACGAUCCAAUCAAGAGAAGACUAUUUGAAGAGAAUCCAAGUGACAAACAAGAGAAUAGACUCAAAGCAAUCAAGGUUGAAAAGAAGAUUGAUCAUCUUCAAGAAUGCCAAAUGUUUACUGUGGACUCAAAUAAGGUUCUGGGCUGAUAUGUGAUCUUUUUGUCCUAUCUUUCACCAUGUCCACAAAACACUUUUUUUUGUCAUGGCAUGUAACAAAACUAUUUCCCGUUG